AUGUCAAUUAAUGUACAGGCUCAUGAACAUGAAUUUCCUGUCAUUUCUCAUAUGGCAAGAGAUUUUCUUGCCAUUUCUGGUGCAAGUGUUGCAGUCGAACACUUGUUUUCUGCCAGUCGUCAUGUGUGUGCUGAUGCACGCAGCUCCUUGAAGGCCUCAACAAUUACAGAAGCAACAUGUGUAAAGCAAUGGAUUCAUCAGGGCCUGUUUACUGUUGAAUAG